AUGGCUCCAAAUUUCUAUCGCGAAAUCGAUUUGGUUAAGGAACAAGUGAUUCCUCCACAACAAGAGGUGGUGCUUUCUUCCAGCGCAAAGGAAGCUGCUCCACAAAACAUUGGGUCUAAGACGCUUUCAUACGAAUUGCAGGAUAUUCUAGGAGAAAAUAAGCUAGCAUAUGGAAUUUCUUUGAGAACUCCGGAACCAUUGAUGAAUUUCUUUGGCAAGUUGCGCACUUCUUUGACCAAAACCAUUAACUGUGUCGAGCAAAAAAUCGAUAGUUCUUCGAAGCUCUACUACGAUAAGGAAAGGAAAAUUACAUCGGCUGUUGCAGAGCUGCAUAGUGAUCCAAGAGAAAAGCUUCUACCUGGUUUCACCUAUGUCUUGGUUGCUUCCAUGUCCGGAUCGAUCCUUACAAGAAAUAGAAAUAUCUUCCUAAGGUUCACAACACCAUUGUUGUUCGGAGUCUCUUGUUUCGCAUACGUGUUGCCAACAACGUUCCGUAACACGAAGAACUUGGCCUACGAUGUAGAGAAGCGCAACUUCCCUGCCUUUGUUCAAACACAGGACAAUUUAUACAGCGGUGCUAGAAAAGCCGUGUGCUCCACCGCACAUUACACUAGCACUUUUGUUUCUACCGUGCAAAAGGGCUACCAAAAAACAAAUACCGCUAUUAAAGAGUGGACUGGUCUAAACGUCUAA